AUGGAUAAUCCAAGCACAAGCAUAACAGUACUGCUGAAAGAAGAGCGCACGCGCCUCCGCGAGGCGAAAGAUCGAGAGGAGAAGCGAGCGAACAAGAAGGUUUGGGUGCAAUUGCCUGAUAGGCCGGUCACGGCGCAGAGGCAGUUUAUGUUGUGGUAG